AUUUUUGCCCAUCAUAAGGAGAUAGAGAAAGAGAAAGACAGAGACAAUACUAAGCACAAAAUGUACAGACUUUUCCCUCUCUACUUCUUCUUGAUCUUGGUUCUGAUAUCUACCGAAAACUUCACGGUUGCUGAUCAUAAAAUUGGUAGUGAAACAAUGAAGGAUGGGGGUGUUAUAGGCAUAUUAGGUGCCAUUGUUGAUAACACUAGCCGAGCCUGCAAAGAAGAGAAGGUAGCCAUGAAAAUGGCCAUUGAGGAUUUCAAUUCCAACACAAAUCAAACCUUGAUUCUCCAUAUCAUUAACUCCUAUGGGGAUCCCCUGCAGGCAGCUCUUGCAGCUAGAGAUCUUAUAAGUAAACAGCAAGUGAAAGCGAUUCUAGGACCGCAGACAUGGGAAGAAACGUCAUUAGUAGCCAAGGUUGGGAGCGAGAAUCAUGUCCCUGUUCUUUCUUUUGCUGAAGAUACUCCCAAAUGGGCAAAUGAAAUUUGGCCACUUCUUGUUCAAGCUUCACCUGACCAAUCAAACCAGAUGAAAGUCAUAGCUGCUAUAGUUCAAUCAUGGGAAUGGUUUCAGGUCACUGUAAUUUACGAAGAAGGAGACACUUCUGCCAGUGAAGUUUUACCUCACCUAUCUUACGCCCUGAAAGAAGUAGGUGCAGAGAUUACUCAUUUUCUACCACUCCCACCUUUUGUUUCCUCCUCUUUGCUGUCUGAAGAGCUUGAAUGGCUAAAAGGAAACCAAACCAGAGUUUUUGUUGUUCAUUUGUCCUCUUCGUUGGGAGUGAGCCUAUUUGAAAAGGCAAAAGAAAUGAAUAUGAUGGAAAAUGGCUAUGUAUGGAUCACUACUGAUCCUUUUACAAGCCUUGUUCAUUCAUUCAAUUCCUCCGUCAGUUCCUCCAUGCAAGGAGUUCUCGGAGUUAAGCGAUAUUUCUCAGAAGAUUCUGACCCUUUUCGUGAUUUUGACAACAGAUUUCCUAAAAGAUUUCGCUUAGAACAUCCCGAAGAGGACGACUAUGAGCCUGGUAUUUUUGCAGUGCAGGCUUAUGAUGCUGCAAUGACGGUAGCUUAUGCAAUGAAGAAAAGCAGCAAAAUAGGGGGUCAAAAUUUGUUAGAAAACAUUUUGCAAAGCAAAUUUCAAGGCUUAACAGGGAAGGUUGAGUUUAGUACUAACCAAAAAUUACCUCCAGCAGACAUUUUCCAAAUCAUCAAUGUAAUAGGAAAGAGUUAUAGAGAACUUGGGUUCUGGUCUGAAAAAUCAGGUUUCUCUGUGAGUUUAGGUGAAAAUGCUAAGAACUGCUCUUCCAUGGUCGUUUUGGGGCAAGUAUUUUGGCCAGGGGCAUCUACGUCUGCUCCAAAAGGUUGGAGUCCAACAAAUUCAACCCCACUGAGGAUUGGUGUCCCAAACAUAUCAAGUGUUUUUCCACAGUUUGUGAAAGUAGAGCAAGAUGAUCAAUUGGGAAAUAAUUUUUCUUUCAGUGGAUUUUCAAUCAAGGUCUUCGAAGAGACUUUGAAGAAGCUGCCAUACAAUUUUCCUUACGAAUUCAUACCCUACAACAGUGACACAUAUGAUUCUUUAGUGGAGCAAAUUCAUCUCAAGAACUUUGAUGCUGUAGUUGGUGAUGUAGCAAUUCUGGCCAAGAGACAGAAACAUGCAGAAUUCACACAUGCUUACACAGAACCAGGAUUGAUGAUGGUUGUCCCUGUUCGACAAGAAACGCGUAAUAGAGCUUGGUUGUUCAUGAAGCCUUUCACAACAUCCAUGUGGGUUUUCAUAGUACUUGUCAAUUUUUACAAUGGCUUUGUGGUCUGGUUUAUAGAGAGAAACCAUUGCCCUGAACUCAAAGGCUCCAUAAUUAACCAAAUUGGAACUUUGAUUUGGUUAGCCUUCUCCACUCUUUUCUCCUUACAUGGGGAUAAAUUACAUAGCAACUUGUCUCGGAUGACAAUGGUGGUGUGGCUAUUUGUGGCACUGGUCAUCACACAGACAUACACGGCAAACCUUACCAGCAUGCUCACCGUCCAAAGGCUCGAACCCACCAUAGCCAACGUUGAUAUACUGCGUAGCACCAACGCCAUGGUCGGUUAUUGCAGGGGAUCCUAUGUUCGAAGAUAUCUAAAUGAAGUCUUGGGAUUCAAGGACAACAACAUAAAAAAUUUCUCCACGGCAGAAGAAUAUGCUAAAGCCCUCAGAAGCGGAGAAAUAGCAGCAGCUUUUCUUGAAGUCCCUUUGGCCAAACUAUUCCUUGCAAAAUACUGCAAAUGGUUUGUCACAGCUGGACCAACCUAUAAAGUUGGAGGCUUUGGAUAUGCAUUUCCAAGGGGUUCUCCAAUGCUUCCCAGUAUAAAUGAGGCACUACUAAAGGUAUGCGAAAGCGGGAAAAUUCUCGAGUUGGAGAAAAAAAUGCUUGCAUUUGAGAAGUGUGAAGACGUGGAUGAAAAAGGUGAAGAAAGUACUCAAAGUCUCAGCACCAAUAGCUUUUUGGUACUGUUCAUAAUCACAGGAACCACAUCCACCAUUGCUCUGGUGUUUUACUUGUGUCUUGUGUAUAAAUCAAAGUUUGAGCCAAAAAAAUGGAUGUGGAGCUUAAUGAUGGUUGUGAUGAAAUACCGGGGAUAUGGAAAGAGAAUGUUCUCCAGAAGAGUGAGUGAUGUUCCUGAAAGUGGCAGGAAUUCCGUGGAUAAUGGAUCUCAUUCUCAUACACAUACUUUAGUUUAGACAAACAGAUCAAGCCCAAAUUUUUUGGCAACAAAUUGAAGCAUAUAAUCUUAGAAAUUUUUGCAUUUCUUGUGGUGUCUCUGCAGGGUAUGUUUAAUUAUCGACACAUUUUAUUGUUGUAGCUUUGAACUCAUAUUCAACUCAAAUUUAUGUUUAAUUAUCGACACAUUUUAUCGUUGUAGCUUUGAACUCAUAUUUAACUCAAAUUUGUUUAUGUUCUAAUGAACUUACUAUAGAAGCAUAUUCUUCGGAAAAUUUCAAGCGGUAUAUAUGAUUUACAAAAGAAGCUAGCAGAAUUCGUUCAAAGCUUUCAAACCAUCAGUCUUUAUAGAUAUGCGACCCAUUGUUUCCUGCUUUUUAUUUCAUUUAAAAAAAAAAUUAAAGGAUAUAUUACGGUAUUCAUCUUCGUUUUUCAAUUUUUAUCUAAUCAAUUUUUAUUUUUUUCACCUUUUGUUUCUUGUUUAAUGUAUAAAAUUUUAAUUUAAAAUCCUAUUAACAAAGCUGUUACCAAAUGACAAAUUAAACUGACUAGUCUCAUACUUUUAUCAACGUUUUUUGACCAAGACUAAAUACCAAAAAUUCCUAUAUAACUUUAGAUAUGAAAAGAUACGGCAACCUUAAGAUCUCCGUCUACAAAUUUAUCGAAACAAAAUUCAUAUCCAGGACAAAAAAUAAAAAGAACAAAAAAAUCUAGACUAGGGAAAUAGAGAAGAAGAAACCUGCACUGAAAGUGUCUAUUUCUUGACCUAUCUCCUCAAGCCAUGCAUCCACGUAUUGAAGAACUAUUUUCCUUUAUUUUGACUUUUCUAUUACAUAUAUAUGUAUACAAAUAUAUAUAUAUAUAUAUAUAUAUAUACUUUUUUUUUUCUGUGGUUAAUAUUGAAAUUAAUUAUUAAUCAUAUAUGAAUGUUAUUGUACAAUUAUACAGGCUUCAAAUAUUUUCUUUUGAAUAAAUAUUCAACACCUAUACGAUCUUUUUUCUUACAAUCCGAACAAUCGACCAAGAAAAAUACUCGUUAUAUACAAUAUAUAUACACAAACAUACAACACGACAAGAAAAAUAUUUCUGUAGCUACAGCUAAUUACCACCAAUUCUCCACUAAAAUGGCCAGCACUGUUCAUCCCCUCUUCUCAGUCUUGGCCUUGUUUUUGUUACUUGUACGAGAAGCAACAGCUCAUGGAAUCACGAAUACCAGGGAAGAAACCCAACUUAUAGCAGCAAUCUUAAACUGCAGUCUCGAGCCGGUAAAGAAGCCAAGGUGGCUAUGGAAAUGGCAA